GAAAGAGCUUUGCUUCCAGUCCACGGAUGCAGGGGUCCUUGCAGAUUUUUUUUUCACCGUUGACUGGGCUGUUUAUGUCUCGGGGUUACUGCACUGAGUUUGCCGAUGAGCUCGACUCGUCUCUCCCCGUCCGUCCGUGAAAAGGCGAUGGUGGCGGCGGCGAAUGUGUGAGGAGAACGCUCCCGUGGUCCUCUCGCUGCACCGCACACUUCCUCAUGGAGCCAAGCAAUGACGACGCACUCGAUAUCAUCAUCACCAAUGUGGUGGCGACCUUCAGGGUCAGGUGCCACCUCAACCUGCGCACCAUUGCCUUGGAGGGAACCAAUGUCAUCUAUAAGCCAGAAAUAGGGAAAGUCCUGAUGAAGCUCCGGAAGCCCAAAAUAACGGCCUCGAUCUGGUCCUCGGGGAAAAUCAUCUGCACCGGAGCAACGAGCGAGGAUGACGCAAAGCUGGGUGCUCGCAGGUUAGCACGCGUUCUGCAGAAACUGGGCUUCAAGGUGAGGUUUUCCGCCUUCAAAGUGGUGAACGUCCUGGCCGUGUGCUCCAUGCCGUUUGGGAUCCAACUUGUAGACUUUACAAUAAAAAACCGACCCAUUGCCAGUUAUGAACCAGAGCUCCAUCCGGCCGCCACGUACAGGAUCAAACACAUAAAGGCUACGGUCCAGGUGUUCUCUACUGGCAGCAUCACAGUCACAGGACCAAAUGUGCAGAACGUGGCCACGGCCGUCGAGCAGAUUUACCCGCUGCUGUUCGAGUGUCGGAAGCCGAAACCCCUCGGCAAAUAAAACCAAGAGUCAAAGAAAGAGGCAUCGAAGGACAGAGAAGGCGCCGGUUUGUUCGCCCCGCGUGGGGAAGAGUUCAACGAUCAACGUACGCCGGCUCGGAAUUUAAAGACAAUCUUCAACUGUCCCAGUUUGGAGUUUUAAAACGUUAAAGAAAGACGCUAUUGUGCUUCUUGGGGAUUUUAAACAGAGAAAACUUUCCAGUACGAGGUUGGAUGUCACAUCCCAUCGGGGGAAGCCGGCCGGCGGCACGCGGAUGGCCGGAGGCAGACGUCCGCUCUCGCUCUUUCAUCGGCGCUUUAUUCAGUCUUUAUUUUUUUCUUUUUUUUUCUUCACCAUUUCAACGCUUAGCAGUUGUGGUCACCGCAGUGAGUUCGGUACCGCGGGUGGACACAAAGGAACCUCACCUUUGAGCCUGCCCCUCUCUAGGAGCCUCUCUCCGUCCGUGUCUUUGGCCAGAGAAAAAGCAGCAGUCCAACGUCAGACCAAGUCCUCACUGUCCCACCUGUACUCUUAAGCAAGAGCGGGUCCUCGUGCAGGGGGACGUGUCCACCCACAACACACACGCGCGUCCAAUUGGAACCGUUGGUUUCUCACAUUUCCUUCCAUAGUUUGGUUAGUUUGCUAUAAAUGUGUUCUUGUUUGUCCACUUUGGCAUCGCACAGAGACUCUUAUUUAUCUUUUCAACUCUUAACAAUAGUUUUAAACUUACUUAAAGAUGAGUUUUUUUUUUCUUUCUAGGCUGGACAAUGUACAGACACCAAGAUCGCUGUCCUAAAGGUUUUUCAACAGAAUGAAAACAUUCAAAGGAUUUAAGGGGUAUUUUAUGUUUCAGGUGGUGUGUUGAGCCGCUGAUCCCUAACUUAAGCCAACGGCUGGCUGCUGGAUUAACCAGAUGCUGUCUUAAGUGGAUACUGGAUACCCGUCAGUAGCCGUCUUUCUCUGAAGGACACUGGUUAGUCGGCACGAGGCCAGUUAAGGCAUUGGAAAUUGUCGCGGGAAUUAAGUCAUUGAACACUGGGCCAAAUCUUUCAAGGAAAUUGCUGCAUAGGAACAGAAACUCUGAGAAAAAGGACAGUGAUGUUUCAGCAAAGAACUCAAAUGAAUAAUGCAGAAGUUAAAUGAACUCACACAAAGUUAAUGGCAGUGCAUCUAGCAAAAGAGGCUUGGCGCUAAAUUCAUUUGAGUUUUUCUGAAGGAACAUAAAACCAAACAGUGUUCAAAGAGCCCGUGCUUAUAGUAUUAGCCAAGAAAAAAAAAACUUCAUAGACAAUAAUUUUCCUAAACAGAAAAAAAGAUUGUUUAGUGUUUUUAAAUGUAAAAAAAAACCUAAUGACAGGCAACGUAGAUGUGUGGGAUGUGAUGGGAAAGAAGUUGAUUAAAUGUGAUGGACUUUUUGAAUAAGUGUGAACUGAGCAUUUGUGCCAUUUGUUCAGAAUUUUGUAUUUUGUAUAAAAAUAAAGGUUCACGUUAAAACACCA